AUGGAGAUAAUUGAUUUGGCCAAUAAAAGGCAAGCCUUCAUGCCACCCGAAUGUCGUUACUUGACUCCCCAUAAAGAAGUCAUGAAAAAACAGCUUCGCGAAUUGUGGACAUACUACAAGCCGCUUAGCAAGAACAAGGAGAUUCAACAAGCGAGAAAUUUGUACCAAGAAGCAACUAAGCUUAUGCAAGAGGAAGAAGAAGAGCUUAAUAAUGUUUUUCGCUUAAUUACCAAGGGGCUAAUUUUAAAUCCAAAGUUUCACCCACUUUAUGCCUUGAAAGGCGAUCUAUACAUGCGUCAAGGACAAUGGAUAAAAGCCAUCAGGAAUUACGAGACCGCAAAAAAAAUGACAAAAUUCGAUUCCAGACUCACUGAUGCAGAAAUUAAAAAUAUGUAUACUAAACAAUUAGUAACAGCUUACAGAAAAAGAGGCGAUUGGUACUUUGAAAAUGGCAUGUUCUUAGAAACAUUGAGCGACUACGAACAGAGUUUUCAAUUGAACGUACACGAUACACUGCUGAAUGAGAUGCAAGACAAAUUAUUGAAACUUCUACGUAAACUAGACAAGUAUGAGAUGUUUCAACGUUACUGGGAUGAAUUUCUAACGGAUUUUGAUCCCAUAAGAACAGCCGCUCUACUUUCGUUGCAUGCUGAAUAUAAGAUAUAUCUGAAACAAAUGGCGAUCGCUAGGCACAUGUUGAUCAAAGCUCUUGAUCUUGACGAAAAUAACGUUGAAGCUCAAGAAUUGCUGAAAAUCGUGUAUAAUACCGGUCAUACACUGAUAACUUACACUGUCAUAUGGUGCAUGCACGGUUGUUACGACAAAGCUUUGGUGACAACUGAAAAAGCGCUUGACUGUAAUCCAUACAACCCAGGAUUCAUUUUGCUAAAAACUAUUGCUUUACGACUAUCCGGUCGACUGGACGAAGCGAUUACGUGGUUAGAAAACGUUAGUAAAAACUUUUACAAGUUGCUCGAACCUCGGGAUACGCAAAAUUCAAUCGUGGGAAAACUUUCGAUCAAAGAAGUUAAGAAUGAAUUAAUCAAACAAUGGUACUUGAUACGAUACGACAAGGCGAUAAAAUGUAUAUUAAACGACAAACUUGAGCAUGCAGCGCGUAUCAUCUACGAAAGUCAACUAACUAAAUAUUACAUGGAACCGUACAUAACGCUAGGUGACAUUUAUCUUAAACGUGAUAACGUUGAUUUAGCGUUGAAAUCGUACCUCAAGUGUCAUGACAUGAUACGUGAACUGCAUCUGUUUCCUUCUCGAAAAACUAUCGAUCUUACCGCAAGGAUAAUCGAUAUUUUGAACAAUCGAGCGCAAGAGGCGAUAAACGAGGGACGUUUGAAAGAUGCGAUCAAUAUAACCGACAAAGUACUUCAGAUACUCGAUGGAAAUCAAACAGAAUUACAUCAGUUGGGUGCGCAACGUGGUAAUGCGCUUUUUUGUAAAGCUCGUAGCCUUUUCCAAAUUGCUAUAAAGAAAAAAGAAGAAAAUAAAGAAUGCUGUGAAAUAGCAGCGGAUAGUUUGAGAUUUGUUCGGGAACCGAAUCACGCAGGUCUAUAUCGAACUUUAUACGGCGAGACAGGUAUCGAAGAUGUUAUCGAUCAAUUCGCGCCAAAAAGAAAGCUACCUAAAUCAUUAAAAAUUCUCAUGCAAUUUUCUUAAUUUUUUUUCUUUUAUUAUGAUGCACCGCAUAAAGGUUUUACUUAGAGAUUAUUGAAAGCAGAAAAAAAAUAUCAAGAUUAAUACUCGUUUUACUGGUAAUAAAUCAAUUAACUUACCGGAUGCAAUGAUUUAUUUUUAAAACAUCUGACGCAAUAUUUAUACAAUGUUGCUCGUCAAGAAGAUACUUGUAUCUGUUUUUAUCUGUAUUCUUACUUGAAGUAAACAUACAUCAUGUAUGUCGAAAAAAAUGCAUUAAGUAUAAUUGAAAUAUUCGCGUGCUCUUGAUAAAAGGGUUGCACUCGUUAUAGAUUCCGAAUACGCACAAUCCUGUGUCUUUUAAUUUUAAUAUCCAUAUCAAGAAUACUACAAAAAUAU